AUUCAAAAUACAUUUAUCCCUGAUGCUGACAAAAACGUAUGUAAGACUGUAAAUUCAACGAAAGUCACAAAAAAAUUCUGAAAAAAUGUUUUGGCCAAAUUUUCUGGCAUGUAAAUAAAUAAAAAUAAUUUUAGUAAUUCCAACUGAUCUAAAAACACGUAUUUAAAAACACAGAUCUGACUUAACUUCAGACAGUGAGUACAAAAAGGUGUGUCUUUUUAUUCAGCGCAUGUAAAUAUCAGGUUUCAGCUGCAUACAAUAAAAAGUGAUGAACUUCCUCUAGUUUGGUAACUUGUUACUGAGGGUUUUAGUUAUCAGACAGAAUCUGAAGCUUCUCAACUCUUCAAGUCCUGAUUUUAGGUAAAGAUAGAAAUGUUACCAAACAGUACUGAUGGAAGUCAAGAGGUUCCACCAUGCAGCAGAGACGGUGACAACAGGCUGGGAGCUCAGCUGUCCAUCCUCUACUACUUCAUGUUUCUCUUCAGUCUGCUUGGCAACGGGCUUGUUCUGUUCAUCAUCUACCGCAUCGAGAGGCUGAUCACUGUGACCAACAUCUUGCUGCUGAACCUGGUGGCGUCCUCCCUCAUCUUCAUGAGCAGCCUUCCCUUUGUGGCCGUCUACAUGCAGCUCUCUGAAUGGAUUUUUGGCUCAGCUAUGUGCAAGAUCGUCUUCAGUGCCUACUACCUGGGCUUCUACAGCUCAGUUUUCUUUUUAACUCUGCUGAUGUUUGACCAACAUCUGGCUGUUGUGUAUUCGCUGCCUGCUGCUCAUGUGAGGAAUCGACGUUACGCAGUCAUUUCCUGUGUGGUGGUGUGGCUGGUGAGUGGUUUGGCUUGCAUCAGGCCGAUGCUUUCCCUCAACACUUUCACGUAUUUAAACAGUUCAAUGCAUUGUGAUUAUUAUCCCAUUGAACUCCCGAAUAUGGAUGUAGUGGUAACUGCUGGAUUUUAUAUCCAGCUUUUUGUGUUCUUCAUUCUCCCUCUGGCUGCUAUUAUCUACUGCAACGUCAGGAUCACAAUCACUGUCCUAUCAACAAGAAUAGCUUCUAAAUUCAAGACAGUCAGGCUGGUCUUAGUCAUCAUACUGCUGUGUUUUAUCUGCUGUACUCCAUUCAGUGUUGUUGUAGUGCUUUUGGAACGUGAACCCAAUAGCUGUGAGGAAUCACAGAAACUCGGUUACGCCCUUCAGAUCACUCGUAACAUGGCAUACUUUUACUUUUGCAUCAGUCCUUUCUUCUACACGUUGCUCGGGGCCAAAUUCCAAGAUCAUGUCAGACAGUUGUUGGUGAAAUGUUUCCCACGAUUGAAGACAGAUAUUUCUCUGGCUGAAUGCAGCCCAGCUACCCUGCCAACAAAACAUCCAACAAAAGACAAAACUUUGGACAGCAAUGCUUAG